GUUUCGCCAUCUUCCACGAUGUGUGAAUGUGCUGACACAUUCAGCCAGGAUUCUUACAUACUUUAAUAUUUUCUGAAGUUUCACCAAACCAUUAUCAAUGAGAGUUGUAGAGACCGACACAACACCAUCCUACAAAAUGGGUAAAAGUAAAAAGCAUAGAUUGAGAAAGAAGAACGAAGGAGGUGGCUCCGAUUCCAGUGAAGAGGGUGCAGCAGGAGGAGCGACAUGCACGCACAUCAACAAGGCCGUCAACAUGGCAGUGGUCAGGAAGGCAGUGUCUAAGCCCACUGGUACUUUCGGAGAAUGUGGGGCCUGCUGCAGGGACAAGGGGUCUGCCAAGGAGACCACAGCAGUGGACGGACCAGAGACCCUGGAGACCGAGACCGAGACCACCAUCUGGGUGUGUCUCCAGUGUUUUAAUCAGGGCUGUGAUCGGAACUCCAAAGAGAAACAUGCUCUUGCUCACUAUGAAACCCCUCACACAGGAACGCACUGUGUUGUCGUCAACCUCACGACGUGGGCCGUUUGGUGCUACGCAUGUGAUGAGGAGAUCAUCCUGGAGACCAGCAAGAGGAUCCAGGAAUGUGUGGACAUGCUGCGGAAGAUGGCCGGUCUCCCACGAGUCGACCAGACAGUCACAGGGCGACGUGGGAGGGCUGACUCCACUGCUGAUGUAGGUGUAGUAAAGGACAAUGGUCGACCUUCCACGCCCAAAGCAACAGUAGCUACAUCAUCCUGUCAGAAGGUCAAGGGUUUGAGCAACUUAGGAAACACCUGUUUCUUCAAUGCUGUGAUGCAGAACCUGAGUCAGACCCACAGCCUGGAGUCCAUCCUGUCUGAUCGGACAAAGAAAGGGCGUAGUCUCCAGCUCCCCGGGCGGAUUCCUCACUCAGACUCUGACACUGGGGGAUCCAGCGAUGAUGACAGUGAGGAUGACUUGCUGAAGGAACUUCCUUCUAUUGAGAUUGUGCCGCCUGACGCGGGGCCGCUAACCCAGGCCAUGAUGAGCUUCUUGCAGGAUAUGAACCAUACCGCACCCCGCAACAUGACGGUCAACCCCAGCGGACUGUUCGGACAAGUCUGUAAAAAAGCCCCACGGUUCAAGGGAUUCCAGCAGCAAGACAGUCACGAGCUCCUGCGCUACCUUCUCGACGUCAUCCGCACUGAGGAGGUCAAGCGCGGCCAGACAGGGAUCCUAAAGUACUUCAAGCUCCAGGAGUCCACCAACCCCAAGAAAGUAGAUGAUGACACCAAGGUCAAGAUCAAAGAGUUUGGUCGGCAAGUGAAACACACGUUCCUGGACUCGGUGUUUGGGGGACAGCUGGUCAGCACCGUCAUGUGUGAGGAGUGCAAACAUGUGUCCCAGAUAUUUGAGCCGUUCCUGGAUCUGUCGUUGCCAGUGACUGAGGAGAAGCCUCAGCGACCGAACCUGAUCCUCGGGGGACGAAAGAAGGAGAGCAUGGACACGGAGGAGUUGAAGGGAGUGGAGGGGGCGUUGGCCGACAAGCCCACCAAACAUGCAGACAAGAAAAGGAAUAAGAAGCAGUCAAAGAGAGAGGCCAAAGCGAAGCGACGUGGUGCCAAACUGUCUAAACAAAAGAGCUGGACUUCUGCUGACGACAUUUGCAGGAAGGACGAGGUUGGUGGCGAGGAGAGGAAGAUGUCCGUGUCAGUGGACAAGGUGCGGGAAGACGACGGCGACGACUCUCAGGGGAGCGGACGUGAUGACCAGUCAGAUGCUGACAUUGAAGACAACCUGGAGAGUGACACGUCCCGAUUGAUGCACACCCAGCUGGAGCAUGGGGAGAGGAAGGAUGCAGGUCUGACCGACGGGGAAGGAGUGCAGAAGGAAGCAGUGUCAGGUGGGAAGACAGACGGCCAGACUCGUGGUCAGCCUGUAAGUGUGGACACUGAUGGUCAACUGGGACAUAUAGCAGCAGAACAAAUCUCCUCCAAUCUCCACGUGGCUGGCGGAGUAUGUACAGGAAACGGGGACAUCAAGUCUCACAGUCAGGGAAUGACCAACAGUAUUGGUGAAGGUGGAACAUCUAUAGCAGCAGUCAAAACAGAUGUGACUAGUUUAUGUAAUGACUUGAGUGGAUUGACUUUUGCCGAUCAGUCUGAGACUGAAGAAUGUGAUGCCAAAGACAUGUGUGUUGAUGUGAACUCGUGUGACCGUGUAGGGACUUGCUGUGCAAGGUGUCAGCAGAAUGGGGCAGCAGUUAAUAAUGCAAGCCAAAAUACUGAUGUCCUACUGAACGGUAAUACUGUGAUAGGUAUGAAUGGAGAAGUUGAGAAGUCUGUGAUAAACGGUGUGGGUGCGGAGUCUGAGGGGGUGAGAGGCCCCGAGACGGAAGGCAGUGGUGCUGCAGCAUACACUGUGCUGGAUGUCGCUGGUCGAGGCAGCCCAGACGAUUGUGAUAGUCAGCUGACACUGAAGGGGGAGAGUGAGGACACACUGUACUGUCAGUCCCCAACGCGACCUGACAGAGUGCACAUCCAUGCCCUCCACAGAAGAAUACUGACCAACGGCCUCACCAGUGACCGACUGUCCCCAAACCAGGCCAAGCACAAGGUGGAGCUGCGGAAGCAGGCCCAGCACAAGUCGAUGAAUCCCUUGGCUCCUCGCUACCACCCAGCUCCCAAGGAAUGCUCCAUCAUGUCCUGUCUACAUCAGUUCACUUCGGCUGAGUUGCUCACCGGCUCCAACAAGUUCGGCUGUAAGCAGUGCACCAAGACAAAACGCAACAAGACCAUCUCUCAACAGAAAGAUAAGAAGACAUCAGAGACAGUGUAUUCCAACGCUAGUAAGCAGUACCACAUCUUCCUGCCUCCAUCAGUGCUCACCCUGCAUCUCAAACGCUUUGAACAGGUGGGUUUCACAUCACGGAAAGUAAACCGCCAUGUGGACUUCCCCUUUGUGUUUGACCUGGCCCCCUACUGCAGUGCCCUCUGUCAGGGCAUCCGUCCAGGUCAGAAGAAGAUCCUGUACGCCCUGUAUGGAGUAGUGGAACACAGCGGCCGGCUGUCCGGUGGUCACUACACCGCCUAUGUCAAAGUCCGACCCUCAUUAGCAGCACUAACUAACUACCUGAACACCCAGGUCCCCACCCCAAGGGACUACGUACACCAGUACGCCCACCGCGUGAUGAACGGCCCCCGCUCCCCGGUAGAGGACGAUCUGAGUGAUGAGACCCUGGAGACCCUGGUGCCCCCGGGCAAGUGGUACCAUGUCAGUGACAGUCGGGUCAGUGAGGUGCAGGAGGCCAACGUCCAGAGGGCACAAGCUUAUCUACUCUUCUAUGAGAGAAUAUACUGACCAGAGCAACCCAGGGAUCUAGGGCAGAGAUGUUGGUACUGUUCUGGAAGAGCAUGUUCUGCACAGAACACCCAGUGAGGGAUGUGGACAGCUGAAGAAUCUCUUGUGAAUGUGAUGUAUAGCCAGGAGAUGUUGGUGUAGGAUUCCGACCAAAUGUUUCAUUUUAGAGAACUUUGUACGAUAUUACCUUAGUUCUGAUUCAAUACCAAAGUUUAGUGAAUUGAUAACUACAUUUCUGAAAGUAUUUCAUGGAGAACCAAGUAUUUAAUGUGAGGCUUGGUGGAUGGUUUUGAGGGCUGUGGUUGACGUAGGAAAGAAUUUUGAUAUUCAGUCUGAAAGCACUGCAUAUUUCUUUCUUUCUUCAAAGCACAUUCCAUACAUAUUGAUGUAGACCAAACCAAAUGCCAAGUGUCUUUCUUUACAUGAUUCCUUUGCUCAGGACAGUGAUAGAAACCCAUGGAAUGGCUUGACCAGGUCACAAAUACAACCUAAAACGCAAACCAAGUUACCAAUAUACUUUGUGUCAUUGUCAAAUGGAACUAGUAUCUUGCUCAAAGAACCAGUGUCCCUGUAGGAAGAUCUGACGAAACCAGUGUUCAUUUCACUCAGAACCAGUGUCUCUGGUAUUGGGAACCUGUACAUCCACUGAAACCAGGAACAGGUGUCUGUCAUUUGGCACCUCUGUAACUCUGAACCAGUAUAUGUGAGAUGGAACCAGUCUGUCACAGGGAACCAACAUCUCUGGCACCUGGCACCAGUCUCACAGAACCAGUGUGUGUGUUGUCACUCAGAACCAGUCACACAGAACCUGUGUGUUUCACUCAGAACUGGUGUACUAGUCACCUGGAACCAGUCACACAGAAACAGUGUGUCACCUGGAAGUAGUCACACAGAACCAGUGUGUGUGUCACCUGGAAGUAGUCACACAGCACCAGUGUGUGUGUCACCUGGAACCAGUCACACAGAACCAGUGUGUGUCACCUGGAACCAGUCACACAGAACCAGUGUGUGUCACCUUGAAGCGGUGGCAUAGUUGCCUGGAACCAGUCACACAGAACCAGUGUGUGUGUCACCUGGAACCAGUCGCACAGAACCAGUGUGUGUCACCUGGAACCAGUCACACAGAACCAUUGUGUGUCACCUGGAAGUAGUCACACAGAACUUGUGUGUUUCACUAGGAACUGGUGUACUAGUCAUUUG